AGACACAUAAAUUGAAGCUAUUUCUUGGCUUUACUCGUGCAUCACAAUUAUCCAAUACCAAGAUGUUUAGUUCUUGGCGAUGGCCCAAUAAAAAUAAGAAGCGAUGGCUCAGAAAACAACAACAGCUACGGAAACACAAGCCGGGCAGGGAAACAAUGAUAGUUUUUGUCUAUGACACGGAGUGUCUGAAGGAGGAAGCAGAUGAUCCUGUGUCCGCAGUUCUUUAUUUCCAUCCUAGCUGGGUGUCGGACACACAAAAAGUUGCUCUUUGCGGCCAACUGAUGGGCACAACAUUUUUCCUCAAGGAUUGCUUCUUCAAGCCACGCAUCAUCUCUCUGCGAAAUGGAAAAUUUAUGCUCAAGGAGUUCGGACGCUUCAUGCUGGCCGUAGGCACAGAUCGCAACAUAUCCGACAAGUUGUUGGAACACCGCGCCGAUAUGUUAAGCGGUCUAUUGAAGCUAUACCAUCGCGAUCUGCAGUCACUGUACGAUAAUUAUGCUCAGCCAGCUCAGCUGAAUAUCCUAAGCGGGAAGCUCUACCACAUAUUCGAGACAUAUCUGCCAAUGCUACAGCGCAAUGGGAAUAUAUUCCAGAAUGUGCCAAAGCUGCGGAUGCCAAAGACCGCCAGUCACAUAUUUCUGGAGGCCAUACAAACACUGCAGUGCUGUCAGCAGACAAAGGGCAUCCUCGGAGGCGCCAUACUCUAUCACAACAAAGUGGUUGCAUCGCAGCUGGACGAGAGUUUGACAAAGCAGCUGGUGAUCAGUGAUCCGCGUCAUGUGCGGACUGCGGCAGAGCAGCUCAACAACCAGCAGUUUCAUAUUCCAAAUGGUGUGCAAAUGCUGGUCAUUUAUGUGGACCUACAACAGUAUCGUCAGUUGGCAGCCGAGGCACAGCGAGCGCAGAAUAUGCAGACGACACAGCUUGCACAAAACGGAAUAGGAAUGCCGUUUCAGUAUUCCAAGCGGAAAUUGAAACGCGAUAAAUCGCUUAUAUUUACGCAUAUUCCUGAGGAGGAGCAGCCAACGGCGACGACGUCUUCAAAAGCUGAGACUGGCCAAAGUGAAAUGCCCGCUGCUCGACCGAAAUCGAUGAGACCAACACAUUUGCCGUUGCGUCUGAAGAGUGUGCACAGCAAGGAGCCGGAAUCGGGCAUCGCGUCAAUUAAUUUCGAUGAGACGGACUCGUACCCGGAGUUCAUUGGACGCACUAGUGUUUGCUCAACACCAAUGACAGAAAACAAGGUGCUGCCCGUGGCAAAUGUCAUGUCUAUAUGUGCAAAUCCUGAAGAAGAUAGCAAUUCAAAUGGCAAGACCGGCGCACCGACGAGCUCAACAUCGCGCCGCAAUUCCCUGAAGCUAGAUGUGGAGAAGUUCUUUCAGAAUUUCAUCAGUAACCCACAGAAACAGAUGACGCGCAGAAAAUCGUCAGCGGAUCUACAGGAUGCGCUGCGUCUGAUCUCCAAGAAACUCGGCAGCAUUUCGCAAAACUUCAAGACCGAUGUAAAUCGCAAUGGUGGCAGUGUCAGUGAAACCGGCGUCGAUGCCGGUAGCGUCGACUCGCCGGACUACAUUGAGAACGAUGAGCAGUGUGGCUCCCUGACUAUAACCGAUCCCACCUAUCCGGUUUUUAAUAGUAAUGGUCAGCCCAUAUCGCGAAGUCUAUUCCAACAAUUUCUCGAUCAGUAUCACAAACUGUGGGGCGUAGCCAAGGAGCAGGCAAAGGAGGACGCCGAGCUGGCUGCACUUGUUGCCGAAUUUCAAGAAUUCAACAAUGAGAUCCAGAAGCUGGAUGAGUAUAUGCAACGGCAGGCAACGGCUGCACCUGCGGCUGCCACGACUACCACUGCAGAUAGCAAUCUCAACAUUGCCGUGAAGACGCCGCUGGAUAAGAAGUCUCUGAGCCUGCCCUUAAAGCCUAUAUCCGACCCCCUUGGAGAGCAGGUCAGCAGUCGUCGCAAGUUAUCUAAUGUCGGUGGCGUGCCGCUAACGCCUCUUCUGGCCAAACUAUCUGUGCUGGCGCUCAGUGACGUCACUCCCGCCGCCUCAAAUAUUGAGAUCCAAACGCCGCUAAAUUCCAGCAAAGUUUUCCCAAGACGCAGCUCUCUUAAGUGCGACGAUGCAGUAGAUGCAUUGACUGCGCUGCCAACUGGUGCUCCGCCGCCUGAGACUGUGGAAGACGAUAGCCUGCAGCGCACCGAGCUUUACGUAUGUGGACAACAAAAUAUGACGUUGUUGCUGCUCAUGGAGGAGGGUGUAUCUCAACAGCAAUUGCUGGUGCAGCAAAUGUUUGACAUCUGUGUGGCGAACUUUCCGCAUAUGGAAUCGCAACUGAACCAAACCCUGAACGUGAAUGUUGAAGGUGACAGCCGUGAUGGCAGUUACAGCUUCAUGUGCAUUGACAAGAAAUGGGACACCCUGCAGCGCAAUGGACCGUGGAACCCAAUGGAAUUGUCAACGCUAGAGAGCAUGCACUACGACCUUGAGGAUCCCAAUGGAGAGAUAACUGAUUUGAUUUUGCGCUCCAACGACAGCGUCUUCUAUGGCUAUAAACGCGGUCGCACUGAAUUUUUAUACAAGGAGCCUGCAAAUGAUGUUCACGGCAUACCACCACCCUCGGAUGCUAUGAGUAAUGUACAAACGCGGGCCAAAACGCGACUGGAACGUGAUCAUUCCUACAUGCUGUUCUAGAUUUAUAAUUUUAUAUCCAUAUGGCAUUGUUUCGUUGGUCAUCCCACUGUUUUUUGUGGGAUGGAAGACAAAACAGUACCAAAAUCGUAAAGAAGACGCAUAUUUUAUAUACUCGCAAGCAUAGCCAAAAACAAUUUAAUAUUAAGAGUGGUGUACAGGCGUUCACCUCAAGCCAAUUUUAUGCCAUCCGUUGUAAUUUACUUUGCCAUUAUAUACUACUUUUACACGAAUCGCUCGAUUGUGGGGUGGAAUGUAUUUGAUAACAAUAUGGUAAAGACACAAUUUGAAUUGUUUUUAUUACAUCUACACUCAAUACUGUAUUGUAAAGACAUGUCGAAUGCACAUUCAUAUCAAUAACGAUCACUUGAUAUGCAAACCUAUCACAAUUUAGAUUCUCUGCGUAAUUCUAGUAUAUGCUUAAAUAAGUAUGUGUUUGUUCAACAAU